UAUUACUAUAAAAGCGCAAUGUCUACCUCAACAGCUGAACACGACUCUUACUUGGUUGAGAACUGGGAUACAGAAACCCUUAUCGAUUUUUUUGAAAAAGCAGAAUCUCAAGCUAGACGACGAUGAUUUGGGAAUACUUCGCAAGCAAAAAGUUGACGGCCAGGUCUUUCUUGAGUUAACCAAAGAAGAGCUUUUAGCGUCACCAUAUAAUUUCCCUGGUGGACCCGCAAUAAAACUUGCUAAAGAAAUUAAGGCUCUCAAAGAAACGCCGAAGCGUGCGUUCUCCUAUAUUUCAACAAUUCUUCACACAGCCGUCAGUCUCCUUAAAGAUUUGCUUAUCCUACCUCGGAUGACAGUAACUGGUGCUGAAAGUUCCGUCUGUGUGGACUAUGCAAUAAAAAAAAUCAUAGAUGGUUUAUACGAAGAAAUAAUUUGCAUAACUGAAGGGAAGCAAAAUCAGCCGGGCAAAGGCGUGGCUCAAAAUCUCAUACAAUGUAAAAGUUCAUGCGAUAUGAACUUAAGCAUGCUCAAGAAAAAGCGGAAGUCCGACGAGGCAUUCGGUUCUGAGUAUGAAUAUGUCUAUGGUAUCAUUACAACAGCCACAGACUGGUAUUUCAUCCUACAUAGUACCGAAGGCAUCUACUGUACAAGUAAAACCGAGUAUCGAAUCUCACUAACGGAAGACGCCAUCAAAAAUCCAGCCGAAUUACGAAAGAAUGUGAAGAGGAUCUUAGAGGUUAUAGUGGGCUUGUUAAAAGAUAGGAUAUCAGCUAGUGAUGAACCCGCAAAUAAGAAGCGCC